AUGUGUAAUCCUCCAUUCUAUGAAUCUCAUGAGGAGAUGAAGCAACUGGCAGAAGAGAAGCAGAACGAGCCGCUUUCUGUCUGCACUGGAGCAGAGACGGAAAUGAUAACACCCGGCGGGGAAGUUGCAUUUGUUAAAAAGAUGAUCCAGGAGAGCCUACAUUUACGAGAGGAAGUAAGGUGGUAUACCUCCAUGCUAGGCAAGCGGAGCAGUCUCCUCUCCCUUAUCGACGAGCUCCAGAGCCUCGAUAACAAAAACUGGGCAGUCACGGAAUUUAUCCAGGGGGAUAAGACCAAACGCUGGGCUAUUGCCUGGUCGUGGAAGGAUAUACGGCCGACAAUGGGCGUUUCUAGGAGCGUAUCCAAUAUACCCAAAAAAUACCUACCGUUCCCAUCUGAGUUCCAUCUCAGCUUGCCGUGUAAAUCUGUUGACUCUUUGAUCGAAGUGAUAGAUACAGAGAUCAAUUCAUUCCGGAUUCCCUGGAAAUGGGAUAAUCAACGGUCAAGUGGAUUAGGAUUCACCAUGGAAAACGCUUGGUCUCGGCAGGCAAGAAGGAAACGGCAGCAGCAGGAAGCUGCUCAGGAUGGAUCUAACCAGGCAGAUAUUUCGUUCGAUACAGAGAACGCUGUAUUUGGAUUUAUCAUCCAGGUGAGGCGUCCGGGCCUCAAGAAUGCCGAUGUUACCGUGCGAUGGGUAAAAGGUGUUGAUUCGGUCAUUUUUGAGAGUUUCUGCGGUAUGUUGAAGAGGAAGGUAGAGGGAAGGUAA